AUGCCUCUUCGAGAGAUGUCGCCGUUUUCAAGAGGACAUUCAGGAGGAGACAUCCCAAGAGGACCACCCAUCUUCGCUGGACUGCACCCAUCUCCAGAAACGAGAUACGUGAACUUCAUCCAGUACAACUUCGCGUUCCAUCAAGCAGACCCCAGGUUCAUCAACAUCCUUCGAUUCGAGAGAUGUCGCCGUUUUCAAGAGGACCUUCAGGAGGAGACAUCCCAAGAGGACCACCCAUCUUCGUCGGACUGCACGCAUCUCAAGAAACAAGGAAGUGAACUUCUCGGUGAUCUGUCGCUGUUUGGUCUGGGGUUUGCUGACCCGUGCCACAACCCUGCCACAACCCGUUUGGGACUCGGGAACACUGCCCUGUUGUGUCUGAAAGUGCAUAAGGGUCAGUCCUUACUCUCUACUCAGCCCUCCGCCUCGGUCUUCAGCUGCACGGCCUAUAAGAACCAAGGAUUUGAGCGUGCAAAAUGGAUAGGAUCCACCUUACAAUAUGGGAACGAGUCCCUCCCAACAUCCCAAUUAACCUGUAGAACGACAAAUGAAGAUACAUCAUACCUCACGGAUCUUCUUGAGGUCAAUGCUUCCCCUUCUUCUUUCCACCGCCAGCACCCUUCUUCCUCGUGCUGCCUGAAGGAGGAGGCGCAGGAGGAGCUGGUUUUCCACUUCCACCUCCAACGUUCUCUCCUCCUACGGCAUUCUUCCCCUUCUGCUUGCUCAUGUCCCUGCCAUACAAAAUGGGAA